AUGGACACCAAAGACGCUCCUCAGAUAAUAAACCACUCCGUAGCAUCUGUGACGUACGUGCCACAUGCUGCUUGCUGGGUCCCGCACAGCAUUUGCUGCUUCGCUGGAGGCGAAGCCGCGAAGCGCACUGGGGAUCUUGAGGUCUACAGACUGUCCGAUGCUCAGCUAAAAAGGCAGCAUCACAAAGAAACAAAGUCGGGGGUCAAGUGCAUGGCUGCUGCACACAGUCCAGCAGGCGGGCGCUGCAUCCUUACGGGCCACUUCGAUGGGACCCUGAGUGCUUGGGACAGCGAAUGCGUGGAAAGGGCCGUGUGGCAGCUGAAGGCUCACGAGACAGUCGCCAACGCGGUGUCUGCACACCCCAAAGAGCCCCUGGCGGUGACUGGGGGGAGGGAUGGAACAGUAAAAGUGUGGGACUUGAGGACGAAGCAGAGCGUAGUGUCGCUGGAGCCUGCAGAAGGGGAAGAAGCUGCGGAGUGCUGGGCCGUGUGCUGGGGAGAUUGCACAGAAGGCAUUGGCCGUGGGGGCGUUAUUGGCUGCGGCUACGACAACGGCGACGUGAAGCUGUUUGACCUCCGCAGCAUGCGUUUGCUGACAGAGCGCAACCUGGAUUAUGGAGUCUGCGGCAUUGCCACUGACAGAGCAGACAUAUGCCUCAACAAGCUGCUCGUGGCCGCGCUCGAGGGGCGCCUUUUCACAGCUGAUCUCAGGACCUGCCACCCAGAAGAAGGCUACACCUUUGGAGAGCAGCAGAUUUCUGCAGGCACCAUUUGGGGUGUGUACCCACUCCCUCAAAACAGAGAAAUAGCCGCAGCUUCUUGCGGCAGCGGAACGGUGACUGUGCUGCUCUACUCUUACCCCGAGCAGCGCAGCCUGACGGACCCGCAGACUGGCUUAGCCCGUGGGAUCGUUGGAACCCAGCAAGUGCUCAACGACGCCGAAGUUAGCAGCCAGCCAGUGGUGGCCUGGGACUGGCACCCUCAGAAGACAGGGCUGGCAGUCUGCGCCUCUUUAGACCAACAAAUAAGGCUCACAGUUGUUACGAAACUCAACCUCUACUGA